UGUCCAUUUCCACAAAAACCCUAACUAUACUCAAACAUUUCAUUUUCUUCUUUCUACGUUAUUUCUCAGCCCCUUCCACUAUUUUCUUCUUUCUGCGUUAUUUCUCACCCUUCCUCCGCCAUAACCACCACCGGCUACCGUUUCUUCCGCCAUCACCCAGUUUCGUCCGCCGUUCCAACCAGAUUCUUCCGCCGUCACCCUUCCUCCGCCGUCACCCAGUUUUGUCCGCCGUCACCCUUCAGCUGGUAUGAAUGAACCAUGUGCAUAUGUGUUCACUAGUCAAUCUUGGGGGAAAAGCCAAACGCCUGCAAGAUGUUUUCUGCUUCAGAAUUAUAAUACGGUCCAUGAAAUCUCCUUUUUCGAAGACAACCCAAUAUCUUCUACUAAAACUGUCAUUUUUCAUAGCUUGUCUUGUUGGUUAUCAAUUUCUCUUCAAAGUUUUAUAUCUUAAUGUUUGUAAUUGCAGCAUGAAGCUUUCAUUGAGCAUCGACUAGUUUUAUUCAAGCUAAUAUUUUGACAUCAUGGUGUGUUUAGUUGCUUUUUGUAAAAGAUGGUACAAAAGUAUAUGUUUUUUCAAAAGUCCUAAAAAGAAGUCAUUGAAUGGAUUUGUUUUUACAGGCUUCAAGAAAGGUUUAUGAUCUGGCAUAAGGUAAAGCGGUGUCCAUAUUUACCAUGUAAACUAUAUCAUGUUGGCAGCAUAGAAGCCAUCACUUAGGAGGAUGAUUUGUCAAUCUUCUAUGCUUGUGGAUGUGGCACUUUAUCCUCUUUUGUCCUUUUGUUGAAUUAAUGUUAUUAACUCUUUAUAAGGACUUUGAAAAUGAGUGAAUCUUCUAAUGUGGAACUUUAUUACAUGCAUUUAUUAGCAUUUACUCAUUUUCACCAUUUUGUCAUUUUAGAACACACUUGUAAUAAUUGCAAUAAGUAAUAAUUACAACAAUAUCUAAUCAAAUCCAAACAGAAAAUAAGCACAUCAGUGGAGCACCGAAAUAACGUCUGUUCAAUUCCGCGUUCCCGUUCCGUUCCAAUAUUUUGGAUGGCCGGGACGCAUUGGGAUGAUGUGGGGGUGAUUUGUCUUUUUUCUUUUCACCUAAACAAUCAACUUCUUUUUCCCUUGUACGUGAAUGUAAUAAAGGCUUAAUUCCAGCUCAGAAACCUUUAAUCACUCUCUUUUAUUACCAUUUGUAAAAGAAAUAAAGAGCCAACCUAUGUUUUAUCAUAGGUGCACACGUGGUAUUUUCCAAUCAAACCAAACUAUUAUUAUUUCUAUAUAUUUCUUUUUUUCUCCAUUUGCUCUUCAUGAUAUGAUGAUCCCUAGCUGACUCAUCCUGCAAAAGCUCAACCCUCACUUUGCUUCCUUUUAAUCAUAUAUAUACUCAUUUACAAUACAAUCAUUCAUCAACCAAAUUCCUAGAUCUCUUCAAUAUUUUUUACAAGAUAGAAACAAAAUCCUCAAAGGCAUGAAUACUAAAAUGAAUACCUCAUUUCUUCAUGACCUACUUAAUGGAAUCUCUAACGGCUCAACUUAUCCGACUCGGAAGUCUUCAAAGAGAUACUUACCCAAUUCUUCUGGCAAAUACUGCAAGUCUAUCACAAAAUCAAAGAAAGGUAAAUUAAAUUCAGUUCUGACUAAGAUGGCAGAUACUGUCAAAGGGAAAUUGAGGUUGGGAGCAAGAAUUCUUCAAGUUGGAGGAGUAGAGAAAGUGUUUACGCAACUCUUUAGUAUUAAAGAUGAAGAGAAGUUAUUAAAAGCAUCACAGUGCUACUUAUCAACGACAUCAGGUCCUAUAACAGGCCUCCUCUUCAUAUCCACUCACAAAGUUGCCUUUCGCGGUGAGAAAUCCAUCAAGAUCACUUCUCCAAAAGGAGAACUUAUUAGAGUUCACUAUAAGGUCUCUAUUCCACACGAAAAGAUAGAGCAUGUCAACCAAAGUCAAAAUGUGCGGAAACCUUCUAAAAAGUAUGUAGAAAUAGUCACCGUGGAUGGUUUUGACUUCUGGUUUAUGGGAUUUUUUAAUUAUAGGAAAGCUUUAAAAUAUCUCCAGCAGGCCGCUAUCUCUCAAUCUCAGACGGAAAAGAUGUAGGAAAAGAAGUGAAAUGAAAUUUUUAAUUCCUUCUGCUUCAUCAAUUAUUCUUUGAAGUUGUGAGAUUCUUCCAAAAGUGUACAAAUAUCUUCCUUCAUUUUGUUAAUAUAAAGACACAGUUGUUCCUUGAAGUUUAAAACUAUGUAUAUAGUAUACAUAAU